AACAUAUGUUGCUGUUAAUUCGACAGUCUGACUAAAGUAUGGCUUCACUUGAUAUGCUGAAAUAAAAACUCGGUAAUUCACGAAACCGUGCCCGGUCCCGCGUUUUCAGUCGCUAAAACGUUAGGCCUAUUUGUGCGUUUCUGUGUGUGUAUGAGUGUUGUGUGAUGACGCGAUGAUCCGCAAGCCAUAAGGGGAUCGAUGGAGACUGGUAUAGAUGGAGACAUACCGAUAGAGGGAGGAAAGACAUUGUGGCAUUAGAACUGUAGUGCAUGGGAAUAUCAAGUAGAGAAAGCGAUACAUAUAGCUUCAACAACGAGAGACAGAGCACGGGCUGUGAAUUCGCGGACGACAUGAGAGCUCUACAUGAAUAGUAUACAAUGCUUUAAAACUCAGCGUUUUGCCUUACAAACGUGUUGUCCGAAGACAGCCACUGAAACGGGACUACACAUCAAAUUCAGGCAGUAGGGGGCAGCAUGCCUGAGCAGAGUAAUGACUACAGGGUGGUGGUGUUUGGAGCGGGGGGAGUGGGGAAGAGCUCCCUGGUCCUACGCUUCGUUAAAGGCACCUUCAGGGACACCUAUAUUCCCACUGUGGAGGACACCUAUCGACAGGUGAUCAGCUGUGAUAAGAGUGUGUGUACUCUCCAGAUAACUGAUACAACAGGCAGUCACCAGUUCCCUGCCAUGCAGAGGCUGUCCAUAUCUAAAGGACAUGCCUUCAUACUGGUCUACUCUGUAACCAGCAAACAGUCACUGGAGGAACUCAAGCCUAUCUACCAGCAGGUGAUAGCCAUAAAGGGGAACAUAGAGGCCAUCCCCAUCAUGUUGGUGGGCAACAAGAGUGAUGAGACCCAGAGAGAGGUGGAGACUAAAGAUGGAGAGGCACAGGCGACCACGUGGAAGUGUGCGUUCAUGGAGACGUCAGCGAAGACCAACCACAACGUGACCGAGCUGUUCCAGGAGCUGCUCAACCUGGACAAGAAGAGAAACAUGAGUCUCAACAUCGACGGGAAACGGUCCGGAAAACAGUCCAGAGCCGAGAGACUGAAGGGAAAAUGUAGUGUCAUGUAGAGAGGAAGAGAGAGCGGAGGGAGGGAGGGAGGUCACAAGGAAGACAGAAAGUGAGAGGAUAGAAGACGGAGAGGAAGAGAAGAGAGAGACGAGAGGACCACUGGUGGGUUCUAUACCUCACCCUCUCAGUAUCCUUCUCUCUCGUCUCCUGUCUGCCUGACCAGGGUCCUAACCCUCCAUACAGUCCCACUGUAGUGAAAAGAUUUGGGGGGGGGGGGGGUCGUCUGAACACGACUCGAACCCGCAACCCUGCAUCUGUCAGCCUCAGCCAUUACGCCGUGAGGUCCCAACCUCUUGGCGAGGUCACUAGAUGUUACACUAGGGACACUCCAACAUAAUGUACAUAUCCUACAUAUCCUAUGUAUACAUGGCCUCCCUCCCUAUCACCUCUGAAAGAUACAGACAGUAUUACCCCCUAACCAUCUCUGUCAUCAUGCAAAAUGGAGAAUCCUCUUAACUCAUCGUUCAAAAUGGAUCGAAAAUCAUUAUUUGAACUGGAGAAAAGUGUCUACCUGGGACACUUGGUAGUUGGACUGAAAUGUUAAGAAGUCUGCCUGGGACACUUGGUAGUUGGACUGAAAUGUUAAGAAGUCUACCUGGGACACUUGGUAGUUGGACUGAAAUGUUAAGAAGUCUGCCUGGGACACUUGGUAGUUGGACUGAAAUGUUAAGAAGUCUGCCUGGGACACUUGGUAGUUGGACUGAAAUGUUAAGAAGUCUACCUGGGACACUUGGUAGUUGGACUUUGGUUGGAUGGACGAUGGACUUGAAAUGUUUGGAGUGGACUUGGAACAUGUGAAGAGGUAUUAGAAAAGUUUGUUGUGGGAUUUGGACUGGGAAUACUGUGGAUGAUGUCGCUGGGAAUGUUUGCGUCGGUUGGCUUUGGCCCUUGUUGUUUCAUGUGAGGAGCCUUUCUGUUGGCCUUGUGUUUCCCAUGCCAAGCAGCUGAAUCCUCUUCAUACACAGAGAAGCACAGACAGGAUGGAGUGACGACUCUGCUCGACGGAGGAAAGACACUCGAUUAGGUUAAUGCCAUGCAAAUACCAUCACAUUGCACUUUAUGUCACACACACACACACACAUAUAAAUGCACACACACACGCACAUGCUUUUUGGAGACCAGUGGUCAUUCACCAAGUGUAUUCCUACAUAGUAUGUAAAUGAAAAAGGAGUGAUAUUAUUAUGUAAAUAUAUUAUUGUCCCAAACACCUCUAUUGGUUUAUGUAAAGCAAUAAGGUUGUUUGCCAAAGUACAGAAUAUAUACUCCAGAUGGAAGUUGCCCCUAACCGCAGAUCUAGGAUCAGCUUACUCCACAAAUCAGAACUUUAACCAUUAGGGGGGGAAUGCAAAACUGAUCUUAGAUCAGCAUUUAUGGACAAAGUCAUCCUACGUACUAUACAGGAGAGCUAAAAGCACAAUCAUUUGAUUGACGUUGUGUUUUUGUUUUACCAUGUUCCGUUAUCUAUCUUGCAGAAUAAAUAACGGCCAAUAUAUUUUGAACAGAGGUGGGGGAAGGAGGGAGGAGCUAUCCAGUAGUUAUUAUUCCAGGUGACUUGUAAUGUGUACAGUAUUUAAACGUGUGUGAAGAGCACCAUAAGGCUGUGGGUUGGUUAUAUAGCACGGUAUUGUAACAAAACAGACAAGGUUAAGCUGCAUCGCAAAUGGCACCGUAUUCCCUAUAUAGUGCACUACUUUUUGACCAGAGCCCAUAUGCUCUGAUCUAAAGUAAUUCACUAUAUAGGGUACCAUUUAGGACACACUAUGUGAGGGAACCCGGAUCUAAACUGGACCCAAAGAAGUAGAAAACACCGCUUCAUAUCUCUAAUAAAGAAGCACGGAAUUGAUUCGAGUUUCAACCAGGGAUUGGAGUUCAUUUUCAAUUCAGAAUAUUAGUUGAAAUUCUGUUCAUGAAAGGAAAAAUCUGUCAUUGGAAAAACAAUGGGCAUAUUGAAUAGACUGAAAUAGAAAGGGAAUGGUCCCCGUCCCUGGUGGCCACUGUGUAUAGGGUGUUGAGAAGGUACGUUGUGUUGCUGUGUUAUACUUAUGGCCCAAAUGUUUUCCUGACCUCACGCCCUGACCAGGAAACCGCUGAUCCCCAGUUGUAGGCUAUAGCUAAGGCUCAGGGUUGUUGUUGUUCAGAUCACAUGCUCAGGAAAAGGUCCUGUAUCUGAUUAGAAAACGGUGUUAAAGUGCAGUAUUACACUAGAACUAUAAUAUAGUAUACAGUCAUCUAUUAUUCAGAUCAGAUUGACAUAACCCACAUUUUAAUGAAUUAUGUGAAACAUUCUACAUCAAAUAGUAUCAAACUAGUGUGUGUGUAUACAGUGCACUCAACAGUGUUAUUUUGACUCAGCACCGGCGCCUCUACCCCAUCCUCCCACAACCUGUCUCAAUGCAUCUGCCGAUAUUCACUGUGUGUGUGUGUGUUUGUUAAUGCGGUUUUAUGAAGUGUCAGUCAGAGGUUCCCUGUGGAGAUGACCCACACGUUCUGCAUGAGUCACACUGCUCAGGCUCAUGCACACACAGCGGUGGAAAAAGUACCCAAUUGUCAUACUUGAGUAAAAGUACAGAUACCUCCAAUAGAAAGUUAAUCACAGUCAAAGUAUUUUGUUCUAAAUAUACUUCAGUAUCAAAAGUAAAUGGAAUUGGUCAAAUAUACUUAAGUCGUAAAAGUAUAAAUCAUUUAAAAUUCCUUAUUAAGCAAAGCAGAUGGCACUGUUUUCUUGUUUUUAAAAUGUACAGAUAGCCAGGGACACGCUCCCACACUCAGACAUCAUUUACAAACGAUGCAUUUGUGUUUAGUGAGUCCGCCAGAUCAGAGGCAGUAGGGAUGACCACGUGUUCUCUUGCUAAGUUUGUGAAUUGGACCAUUUUCCUGUCCUGCUAAGCAUUCAACAUGUAACGAGUACUUUUGGGUGUCAGGGAAAAUGUAUGGAGUAAAAAGUACAUUAUUUUCUUUAGGAAUGUAGUGAAGUAAAAGUAGUAAAAAAAUGUAAUAGUAAAGUACAGAUACUACUUAUGUAGUACUUUAAAAUAUUUUUACUUAAGUACUUUACAACACUGUGUGCACACACAGGCAUACCAAGCAGACAGCGAGCAGUCCUCUGUGCCACAGAAACCUCAUUAUCUGCGUCUCAUGCGGCACCUCAUCCCCUGAUCCGAUGUGAUUCUGGUCAAAGUAGUGCACAGCAUAGGGAAUAGGGUGUCGUGAGAUUUGGACGUCGUCUGUUUUUCUGCACUGCUGUGUCACCCUGUAACCCUUCUGUUGUGUGCUUCCUAUUAGUUUCACCACUCCCCUUCACAUCUGUAGAUAGCUGUAAAUAGCAAUUAGAGUUAUAUAGCUGGAGGUGGAUAUAGAGUCUAUAGGGGAUUUAGGAACGUUAGGGAAUGGUGACAUCAUGGCCCUCUUCAAAGGAUUGUGGGUAGUGUGGUUCUCUUAGGAGUGAAAAGGUAGAGCUGCCAACUGAUUCCACAGUAUGUUAUUAGAAUCAGAGAAGGGAUGGGCCCUGAGGAAGAUCUCUCACCUCAUUGGAUGAACACCUGGGGGACUGGCCAGAGCCCAACUAGGCGGAGUCCUCCAGAGAUGAACCAAGGUUUCUUUUUUCGCGUGUGUAGUUUAGAGUGCUGGAUCCUGUCUUGACAGCCACACACACACAACUAGACUUUCCUCACAAAUAUAUCAAUAACAUGAUUUAUGUGAAAGUCUGAUUUUGUUGUAUGUCAAGUUCCGAAUGGGUUCAGAGAGCAUUCCUAUAAUGACUAAGGAAUGGACAAAGAGGCUGCUGUAUGGCUGAAUCAAAACCAAGAUAGAAACACACAGAACAGAGCUGAUAUGAUUCUAGAAGAGAUUAUACAAGCCAGAUAGUUGUCUGUUCUAUGUAGUGUCUACCUGAAAAAGCCCCUAGAGCCUUUCACUGAUGUGUGUUAUCAGAAAGUCAUGUCGCUGGAAACUGGGUCCUGGUCAUGUUGCAGAAGAGAAGCGGCACAAAGGACUAUGGGAAGAGUAGUUCAUUGAGUGUGGUUAAUCAGAAACAUGUUCUAUAAACUCAAUCCUACCAGGGAUGUAGUUUGGAAUUUUUGCAUCACCUCAGAUUGUACUGUCAGCCCAGAAACAACUCCUAGCCCCUAGCAGUUAAAAUAUCUGAAGGGACUGGAUAGGGGACAGGGUUAACUAUUAGGCUUUGGGGAACUUCCGCCAUAUUGUUUACACUUGUCUGCUCUGCCAAACACAAAAUGUGGAAGUGCCUCGAAGUUGUUUCUGGACCGGGCCUCUGAGGGGUGCAAUGACUUCUGGGUAGUGUAGUUCUACUAAACUCCAUCUCUGUCCUUCCCUCCCUGCAUGGCCCCAAUAAGUGUUCCUUCCAGCCAGCAUGAGAACCAAUAAGGAUGCAAACUGUGAAAUUAACAUAUUUGUAUUUUAUUAUUAUAAUUCUUCUGCAUUAAUAAUGGCUUUGGUUUGAAAAGUGUAACUGUUUUUAAUCUCUUAUUGUUUUUGUAAACAUGUUUUUUGUUUGGACUUUUUUUUUUACUUAAUGAUCAUGUAUAGUCAUUUUAUUAUUUUAUUUUUAAGAUAGUUAUAAUUAUUAUAGCUAUUUAUUCUAGCAAUAGUCUUCCUACUAUAAUGUACUGUGGCAAUGCAUCCUAACUAUAAGAUCUUAUGUAUAUGAAGAAAUUAUCAUAUCGAAUCUGCAAAAGGAUUUUCCUAAUAAAAACAACAGUUAAGAA